UAUGGAGCCAGGUGCAGCUCGAACCCGCGUCGCGAAGAGCCCCAGGAGUCUGAGACGCCGUGCCGUGAUGUGCUCGCUUUUGACGAUGACGCCUGUACACACCGCGUGCCGAUGGAGAUCGCUAUGUGAACACUGAGAAAAUAAGGAGCAACAUGCGGGGUUCAGCCUGCAGGUCCUCGUGACAACAUGAACGCGUCAUUGACGGAUAACACCUCGUUGGAUGUCAUCGACGAUAACCAGGCACCGCAUGAGGCCACAUAUACCAUUACCCAGGUCAUUCUCAUUGGAAUCAUAGCUGGAACAUUAUCAGUUAUCACAGUAGUAGGAAACAUAAUGGUAAUGAUAUCCUUCAAAAUCGACAAGCAGCUUCAGACCAUCAGCAAUUACUUUCUCUUCUCCCUGGCCGUUGCCGAUUUCGUAAUAGGACUCAUUUCCAUGCCCCUCUUCACCAUCUCAACAUUAUUAGGAUAUUGGCCUCUGGGACCCUUCAUCUGCGAUACUUGGCUGGCUCUGGACUAUCUGGCUAGCAAUGCCUCGGUGCUCAACUUGUUGAUCAUUAGCUUCGACAGGUAUUUCUCGGUGACUAGACCACUUACAUACAGAGCCGGGAGGACAACCAAGCGAGCUAUGAUGAUGAUUGCGGUUGCAUGGGGCGUGAGUCUGAUCCUUUGGCCACCCUGGAUUUACAGCUGGCCAUAUCUGGAGGGCAAAAGGACAGUCCCAGAUAACGAGUGCUACAUUCAGUUCAUAGAAACAAACCAUUAUAUCACAUUCGGAACAGCCUUAUUAGCCUUUUAUUUACCAGUCACCGUGAUGUGCUUUCUUUACUGGAGGAUCUGGAGGGAAACGAAGAAACGACAGAAAGAUCUUCCGAACCUGCAGGCGGGCAAAAAAGAUAGUAGCAAGCGGAGUAAUUCGAGUGUAUUCGUGUGCAGUGAUGAAGCAAACAACGUCUGCUCUACCGUGGACGCGGAAGAUUGGAAACGUCCUAGAUCCGAGUCUUCGAUGGCUGGGGGUGAUUCAGACUCUGUUUAUAUGCACACUUCAGCUUGCACGGAGCAUCAUAGGAAAAGAUUACAGAGACCUACUGGCUGGUUCAGUAGUAUCUAUAGAAUAAGAGCUUGGUGCAUAGCAUGGUGGCACUCGGGAAGGGAAGAUAGUGAUACUGAAGAGGAAAGCCCUAGUGAACAGGGUCAAGGCUGUAUUACUCCUGUUAGUUUAGAUACCCCUCUCCAGAGCUCAGUGUCGAGGUGUACAUCGCUCAAUGUUAUAAGGGACCCUUACAACAGUUUGUCAUCUGCUCAUCAACGUGAUAUGUCAAUGGUACCAGGCAGCCAAGCCAAUGCAACCCCUACAAGGCUGGCAGCACGAGAUUGUCGAAGUCUUCCACCGGCAAAUAGGCUAUCAGCUGCUAGUCAUUCAGCUUCCACAGACACAGUGUACACUAUCCUCAUACGGCUACCGCCUAUUGACAGACCAGAAGGUGAAGUAGAAGCACCGUCGAUCAAGAUGAUACCAGAGGACAGACCAAUGACUGCAGCGCCGCGACAUGAUGGUUAUUCCCUGAACGCGGCUCAUUCGAAUCACGUGACCAGGAGACCGUCGGUAAUGCCGGAUAUCCGGAUACCGCUUAACGCCAAAAUAAUACCGAAGCAGCUGGUGGGCGGCAAAAACCUUCUGAUAAACGCAACAAAAGUAGCAGGUAAGAAGAAGAAAAAGACCCAGGAGAAGAAGGCGGACAAGAAGGCAGCCAAGACGUUAUCGGCCAUCCUAUUCUCCUUCAUCAUCACGUGGCUGCCCUACAACAUUUUGGUGCUACUCAAACCGGUAACCAGGGAUGGUUAUCCUCCACAGUUGUGGGAUUUUUUCUACUAUUUGUGCUAUAUCAACUCAACGAUCAAUCCGGUGUGCUAUGCCUUGUGCAACGCCAGCUUCAGAAGAACAUACUUAAGGAUUCUACAGUGUAAAUGGCACAAUCGAAAUAGGGCCGCAAUGAAUCGUGGGUUUUAUAAUUAGGUAGCGUACCUAUAAUUUGUAAGAAUCCGGUGAAUGGUACUCGAUUUGUGUGAUAAUUCCUGAGAAUACUGGAAUUGAAAGAUGUGCGGAGGUUGUUGCUUGCUUGUUGAAGGUGUAUU